AUAUGUGUUUCUGUUUUCUUUUCUUUUACUUCUUUCAAAUUGGGUGUUGUUGUUGUUGUGACGCGGUGACCAACGAAAUUGUGUUUUGGGUCUCAAAAUAGAAAAAAUUAUAAAAAAAAAUACCAUAUUUUAUUAUUUAUUUUACAUUUAUGGAGGGAAAUCGGAAAUCGGAGGCCGUAUUGGAAUGGCAAAUUGACGAUCCCGCCCAUCCUUGGCUUGGCCACCCUCACUUCUCUCUCUUCCUACCUACGAAGGCUACGAUGUACUCCUCUACUCUUUUUCCAAUCAAAAUAUUUAAAUAUAUAAUUAUAUAAAACAUUUUAAUUAAAUAAUUGAAAAAAAAAAACGCUUACUCAAAAAACUUUCUAAAUUCUUCAACCCAUUCUCAAGUUUCAGCGGCAACGACUCUUCUCUUUCUCACUCUCUAUAUUAUUAUUUCCCCUUUUCUUUCUUUCUUUUUCUAUCUAAACCCACCCAUUAUGUGUCUCGGAUUUCGGAGAUUGAGUCACCGGACUUCAGAAGAUUUUCAAAAGAGUUUAGGAUCACGCGAUUUCCCAGACUUUGCUGCAUUGUGGUCGGGUUAAUUUGUUCCGGGAAGCAUUUUUUUUCCCUUCUAUUUCUCGAACUGGGGUUUUUGUUUUUGGUAAAGUGAAUGGAAUGACGAGGGAGCAACUGUUUCUCUUUGUUUUGAUUUCGUUUGGUGAGGUUGUUUUGAACUGAAACUGGGUGGUUUUACGAUUAGGGUUUCGUGUGGAUUUAGGAGAGAUGAAAGACUGUCUAAGAUCUGGUAAGCGUUAUGCUAAGACUGAGAGUGGUAAGGAUUCUCUGAACCGGGCUGUUGUUGAGAGUAUAGGACAUGAGGAGAAUCAUGUGAGUUCUGAAUCAGGGGAUGAAAAGGUUAAAAAUUCAAUCUUUUGUGGUCCUGAGCUUGAGAGAGAGUCAUUGGUGAAUGAGGGGCUUGAAGAAAGUGGUGGACUUGGUGUGAAUGAGGUGCUUGAAGAAAGUGCUGGACUUGGUGUGAAUGAGGUGCUUGAAGAAAGUGCUGGACUUGGUGUGAAUGAGGUGCUUGAAGAAAGUGCUGGACUUUGUGGUGAUGAGGGUAGUUUUGUAAAGGUUGAUGAGGUAGCUGAUAAUGGGAGGAAGAGGAAGAGGGUGGAUGGUGCUGCAUUCAUUGACAGUGAUGGUGUUGGUGCUGAGAAAAAGAAGGUUAAGGUUAAGGCGGAACAGCUGAGUAAUGAAGUGCCAGUUGUUCGUAGGGUUCUGCGGUCAAGUUCUGUGUUGGCUGGUGAAGGUGACAAAGUGAAGGUGUCUGAAGAUAUUUUUGAUUUAAAGACGAAGGAAGGUGAUAAGUCUGAAAAGAAAUUGGCCGAACAGAAUAAGGUUAAGAGAGAUCAAUUGGAUGGUGGUCUUGAUAAGAUCUCAGGACAUAAGCGCAAGAGACCACCUUUAGAGAAUGAUUCCAGUGAAUUGAAGAAGUUAGAGAGUGAUGCCAGUGAACUGAAGAAGGUAGAGAGUGUUGCUAGUGAAUUGACGAAGGUAGCGUGUGAUGCUAGUGAAUUGAAGAAGGUAGAGAGUGAUGCCUGUGAAUUGAAGAAGGUAGAGAGUGGUGCCUGUGAACUAAAGAAGGUAGAAAGACGUGGGAGGCCACGCAAAGUGGAAAAUGAAGUGCAUGGUCAAUUAGCAUUGGGUAGUGGGUUGAAGAAGAAGGUAGAGAGUGAUGCCAGUGAACUGAAGAAGGUAGAGAGUGAUGCUAGUGAACUUAGGAAGGUAGUGAGUGAUGCUAGUGAAUUGAAGAAGGUAGAAGGUGAUGCCUGUGAAUUGAAGAAGGUAGAGAGUGAUGCUUGUGAAUUGAAGAAGGUAGAAAGACGUGGGAGGCCACGCAAAGUGGAAAAUGAAGUGCAUGGUCAAUUAGCAUCGGGUAGUGGGUUGAAGAAGAAGGUAGAGAGUGAUGCCGGUAAAUUGAAGAAGGUAGAGAGACGUGGGAGACCACGCAAAGUGGAAAAUGAAGUGCAUGGUCAAUUAGCAUCGGGUAGUGGGUUGAAGAAGAAGGUAGAGAGUGAUGUCGGUAAAUUGAAGAAGGUAGAGAGACGUGGGAGGCCACGCAAAGUGAAAAAUGAGGUGCUUGGUCAAUUAGCAUCAGGUAGCGAGUCGAAGAAGGUAGAGAGUGAUGCCACUGAAUUGAAGAAGGUAGAUAGUGAUGCCACUGAAUUGGAGAAGGUUGAGGGUGAUGCCACUGAAUUGAAGGUAGAGAGACGUGGGAGGCCACGCAAAGUGGAAAAUGAAGUGCAUGGUCAAUUAGCAUUGGGUAGUGGGUUGAAGAAGAAGGUAGAGAGUGGUGCCAGUGAACUGAAGAAGGUAGAGAGACGUGGGAGGCCACGGAAAGUGGAAAAUGAAGUGCAUGUUCAAUUAGCAUCGGGCAGUGGGUUGAAGAAAAAGUUGAGGGAUAAGCGUCGAAGACCCCUCAAAAUGCGAGAGACUCGUGGAAGGCCUCGAAAAGUGCAAGAGGGGCCUGGAGUGUCGAAACUUAAGCUUCGGAGACCCUCAAAAACACGAGAGAGAAAUAAAUCUUUAAAACGCAACCUAGGGAGACUGCACAAUGUUGAAAAUCAAGAGAAUAACAAGUUGAUAUCUGAUGGUCAAUUAAAGAAGUUAAGACAUACAUGUGGGAUGCCCCUGAAGGGGGAUGUUGAUAUGAAGGAAAGAGAAAUAGAUGUGGAUGAUAUAGGGCAGCCAGUACAUUCUGUCCUGCAACCUAAUGAGCAGGACAAUGUGAAUCCAAACCUGCCAGCUUGCUUGUUAUGCCAGGAAACAGAGCAGAAUGGAAAUGAAUUGAACGUGGAUAUAUUAUCAUCACCUAACAAGAACAAAAUUGUGGUGGAUUCGAUGAUCAAGGAAGCUGAAGCCACAACACGGAAGAGAUCCAAUACAGUUCAUGAACAGAGCCUCGAAUAUGCGAAGCGUAGUGUUGUGAAAGGGAAAACUAAAAAGAAGGAUGGAGAAGAGGAACCUCCUAGAAGUGUGGUAAAACAGUCUGUGAGAGAGAAAAUUAUAGAAUUGCUUCUGAGUGCAGGCUGGACAAUUCAACGUAGGCCUAGGGCUUCCAAGGAUUACCUUGACGCUGUGUAUGUUAGUCCAGAUGGGAAGACUCACUGGUCAGUCACCCUAGCUUAUAAGAGGCUUAGAAAACACUACGAAAAUGGUGAUGGUGAAGAUGAGGUUUAUAAAGCUGGUUUCAAGUUUAUUCCUAUACCUGAUGAGGAAUUUGGUAUGCUUAAAAGGGUAGCUAUCAAUAAAAGAGGAGAAAAUAAAUUGAAACGAAAAGCAGGAAAGGAAUCUGGCAAGACAGAGCGUACAAGAAAAUUGGUUGCAAAAUUACAGAGAGGGAGGUCCAGAAAGAAAUCUUUGCAUUGUAACCGAGAAAAUUCAGCUGGUACUCAACACAAGCGAAUACCAAUUUUGGUUCGAGGUCAUAAGCAGAAGAAAACUCAAAAUGGAAAACAGCGUACUUUGUUGGUUCGCAGCUCCUUGGAGGAUGCAGAUUCAGAUUCUGAUGGCUAUAUCCUGUAUUCUGGGAGUAGAACUGUGCUUGCCUGGAUGAUUGACAUGGGAACUGUUUCAUUAAACGGGAAGGUGCACUGUUUGAACCGAAGAAAGACACAUGUGCUGCUUGAGGGUCAAAUUACAAGAAAUGGCAUUCUCUGUGACUGCUGUCGUAAAACCUUGACAAUUUCAGAAUUUGAAAGUCAUGCAGGAAGUAAUCUCUGUGAACCAUAUAACAACAUAUUUCUAGAGUCUGGACCUUCCCUCUUGGAAUGCCUGUUAGACUCUUGGAAUAAGCAACUUCAAUCUGAGUGUAAGGGAUUUCUUGACGUAGACGUCAAUGGUGAAGACCCAAAUGAUGACACUUGUGGUAUCUGCGGAGAUGGUGGAGAUUUGAUCUGUUGCGAUGGUUGCCCAUCAACAUUCCACCAAAGUUGUUUAGAUAUUCAAAAUUUCCCUUCUGGUGAUUGGCAUUGUGUAUAUUGCUCAUGCAAAUUUUGUGGGAUGGCUGGUGGAAGAGAAUUUCAAGAGAAUGAUGAUGAUGAUUUGGGUGCUUCAGAGUUUUUUACAUGCCAUUUGUGUGAGGAAAAAUUUCAUCAUUCUUGUAGUAGGGAAAGUGAUGCGGGGUAUAAUUUUUCCAGCGCUUCACCAUUCUGUGGGAGCAAGUGUCAACAGCUAUUUGAGAAACUGAAGACCCUUAUUGGGGUGAAACACAAGAUGGAAGAAGGAUUUUCUUGGACUCUUGUUCGUCGGUCUAGUGUUGGCUCAAGUACUUCUGUAUGUGAUAGAUUUCAAGAAUGCAAUGAAGCACAACAAAUUGAAUGCAAUGGCAAGAUAGCUGUUGCAUUGUCUAUAAUGGACGAAUGCUUUUUGCCUAUGGUUGACAACAGAAGUGGGAUCAAUCUGAUUCAUAACAUUGUUUAUAAUUUUGGGUCUAACUUUAACCGCCUGAAUUAUAGUGGUUUUUUAACUGUAAUUCUAGAGAGAGGUGAUGAGAUUGUCUGUGUAGCUUCAGUUCGGAUCCACGGAACUGAAUUAGCAGAAAUGCCAUUCAUUGGGACCCGCUAUAUGUAUAGACGCCAAGGAAUGUGCCGACGGCUUUUAUGUGCAAUUGAAUCGGUCCUUUGCUCUCUAAAUGUUGAGAAGUUGGUUCUGCCUGCUAUCUCCCAACUUACAGAAACAUGGACUUCCGUAUUUGGUUUUAGGCCCCUUGAGAUAUCACACAAGAAGAAAAUGAAAAAUAUGAACCUGUUGGUUUUCCCUGGCGUACAGAUGUUACAGAAACCACUGUUGAACAUUGACAAUGCAGAAAAAAGUUCAAUUAUUGCUGAAGGUCCAAGGUCCAGUGAACCUGGGCACCAUACCAAGGAGGAAGUGUUGUGUAAAACUGAUGAAACAGGCAUCAAAGGGUGUGUUUCUAACAUUUCUAGUGAAGCAAAUCCUGGUGUGAAUAUAAAUGAAACUGCUAGUGUAUCCGGUUUGCAACGUCUUGAUGUCUGUUUAAAUAAUACUGAGAACAAAUGUUUGAUCAAGCUUUCUGUGGCUCAUGAUAAUAUGGAAGGUAAAAUCAUAAGCUUUGAAGAUUCACAUGGUUUGCUUGAACAGACCAAAGAGACCAGUGACUGUCAAAAGGAUUUUUGUGGCCCAGAGACUUCAGUUCUUGAUCAAAAAGUAAAGGAGUUGGGAAGGCAAUUUAGCCAGUGGAAUAUUUCGGGAGAGAAAAUUGAAUCGUCUGUUUUACUUUGCACUGAAGUUGAUGCAACUAAAACUGGGGGAUCUUCUCUCUGUGCCUCCAGGGAUGAUACCGAAUGUGUUCAUUGUGAGGCAAAAGUUGAGGAUCACACUGUUGCAAACAAUCUCGAUUCUUGUGAUAAGGUUUCUACGCACUGCUCUGCUGGAAUCAGUGCUUCUGAACUUGAUGAAAAAAUUGUUUCUUCUGAGUUGGAAGUUUCUGUUGAAAAUGGUUGCCACGACUCAGACUCUAGGACUGGAGUAAAGAUAUCCAGUGAUGAUAUAGAUAGCUGUCAUCAUCCCGAAGAAAAAAUACUUAAAUGUCAUGUAAAUGACUGUGCAGCUGCUCAGCAAACAUCUGUAACAGUAGAUGACAAACAUAUGACAUCUAAUGCCUGCUCUGUUUCCCAAAAUACUAACAAGGUCUCUGCUGAUGCAGUUCACCCAAUUUUAAGCCAAGAAGCACAAGACGAUAUUAAGGAUAGAAUACCUUUGCCAGUGGACUCUAAUUGUGACCCUUCUUGUGCAGCCUCUGUUGACAGUAAUUGCAAAUCCAAUGAGGUUAUUUCCAGUUCUCUUGGGGUAGUGGUGGAUGGUCUCCGGCAUUGAGAUGUAAGCUUUUCUGCCGAAACAUAUAUAACUAAUACUAUGCUGAUAGGAAUUACCAACCGGAAGGUCUUGGUUAAUUGAUGACUCCUCAAAGCAAUCUGGUGCACAGUUUGAUGAUAGUAUUUGGAGCAAAAUCUGACUGGCUGUUCACUGUGCUUCUGGUGCGUUCAACCUUUUUUUUGGCCAUGGUUAUGUGGUUAUAAUUCAAUGAACAAGGCUAGUUGAUUUUGUUUUAGCUUUUUAACAGUGGUUAUGUAAGAACAGAGGUAGAGCCUUCUAGGUGGUGGUGUUGACUUGUUAGGAAACAACUGAGUUUCAUUUUGGUCCUUAAUAUUCAAAGGAUGGCAGUAGCAUAAGCAGAGUAAUAUUUCUUGUAGGUAUUUAGGGAAGAAGGUACAUAGUUGUUUCUUUGUUAAUAGCUAAGCCUAAACGGUUUUGUAGUGGCUUGUACUUUCUUUUAGCACAACUGAUACAUAUUGCUACUAGCUGAGAGUCACCUAUCGGUUUGUGUAUCGGUAGGCCUCUCUCACAUUGUAAAUAUAACUAUUCAUCGGCUAGGAAAAAAGCUUUUUGCAUUU